AAAACUGUGUCGCGGAACAGAGGUUUUCUUGGUAGCUAUUUCGACGGCCGAUUACGCGAACCAAAGGAGAGCUCGCCUUGCAGGGAAUUCAUUCGAGGGUGGAGUUUGUGGUGGAAUGGGUGAUCAUUUGGUUUUGUAUGUUGACCGUCUCAUAACGCCAGCAAUCUUGCAAUCCAUGCAAGGAGAUGAGGUUCCGGGGUCAUCUGCAGAAGGCUCUUGCACCCAGACUGCAGUUUCUACCUGUGAAGAUAAGAGAGUGUUAGAGCAUGAUGUUUCUGAUGAGGAAGAGCCACUUAUUCAGACAUUGGAAUGCCGCAUUUGCCAGGAGGAGGACCACAUUAAGAACCUGGAGACCCCUUGCGCUUGUAGUGGCAGCUUGAAGUUCGCUCACAGGAAGUGUGUUCAGCGUUGGUGCAAUGAGAAAGGAGAUAUAACAUGUGAGAUCUGCCACCAGCCUUAUCAACCUGGGUAUACUGCCCCACCACCUCCUCCUCAAUCUGAAGAGACUGCCAUUGAUAUCAGUGGAGGUUGGACAAUCUCCAGUUCUCCUCUGGAUUUGCAUGAUCCUCGUCUCUUAGCUAUGGCAGCCGCAGAGCGCCAUUUCCUAGAAGCUGAGUAUGAUGAAUAUGCUGCUACAAAUGCCAGUGGAGCUGCAUUUUUCCGUUCUGCUGCUCUGAUUUUGAUGGCUCUUCUGCUUUUGAGGCAUGCACUGACCAUCACCAAUGCCGACGGGGAUGAUGAUCUGUCCACUUUCUUUUCUCUCUUCUUGCUCCGGGCUGCUGGGUUUCUUUUGCCGUGUUACAUUAUGGCCUGGGCCAUCAGUAUUUUGCAGCGUCGCCGGCAAAGCCAGGAAGCGGCAGCAUUGGCAGCAACAGAAGUUGCAUUUGUACUACAGUCGGGCCAACGUAGAGGUCUUCAGUUCACUAUUGCACCAGGUCCUGCAGUGACUCCUCAUCAAGAACCAAUCCAAUGAUUUUGGCAUGUAUAUUAACUUUGGAUGUUCCUGAACAUAUUGGCUUGUCUAUUUCAACAAGUUGGAGAUGUUUUAUCGCUUUUUAAAUCUUAAUGAAGUAUUUAUCUUCUGCUUGUCAAUUGAAAAGCCAGAAGAUUUUCUUAUUCUCCCUCCCCCCUUUUAAUGUCUAUACACAUAAUUCUGGGAUUGCCAAACAACAGUGAGGUGCUUUUGAAAAUUGGCUGGUUCACAGUAAAUUUUGUAUUUACAAUUGCAGC